GCGACAUCCUCUGUGCGACAAUUGCCUGGGUCGCCUCUACUGAGUCGCUUACCCUAGUCUCACUCUCGCUCAAAAUACGUGUCCCGGCUCGCAGCUUCCGAUCAGCGAACACCACACGGGUCUUUAGAGGCCCCAGAGGGCAGUGGCUCAACAAGACAACGCUUUCCGCGUUGGUCCUGCUUUUCAGACCGACUUGACGAGCACAUCGGGCCAGACCAUUAUGCUACAAACAGAGGAAUACGAUAACGCUGACGCAGCUAGCGACGAGGAGGAGGACAGUGACGACUCCGGAAACGACGUUUCAAGUGAAGAUGACGAAGAACCCCCUGUGGAAAAUCCUUCCACGCACAUUCGUCGCGAUCUGGAAAAGGCACUGCAGGGCGAUCUUGCCAAGGAAUUCAAGGGCUCGCAUUCUUCCAGCCGAGCAUAUCCUACCGCGCCCAACCCUGGCCUGUAUCUGCUUUCGAACAACGUUGGCUCAGUCGGACUUCCUCUAAGCACGCGAGAUGCAGCAGUUGUCAUCUCCGGCUGCAAGCAAGCGCCCUUCGGUCAGGGUGAACGCACCGUAGUCAAUACGGCGGUUCGCGACACUUGGGAGAUGGACGCCAGCCAGGUCCAAUUCCAUAACCCGGCAUGGCAAGGCUACCUACAAGGUGUCGUUAAGGACGUCUGUGCCGAACUAGGAGUGAAUAUGGCCGUAAGCCAACCGCGCUGUGAGCUCUACAAGCUGCUGUUGUAUGAAACCGGAUCACAUACCGAGAAAGUCAACGGGAUGUUCGCGACCAUCGUCGUUGUUUUACCCUCGAAGUACACCGGUGGCGAAGCCCAUGUCUCGCAUGGCUUGCUGUCCACGGUGUAUGACACAGCCUCUCUGAGCAACUUUCAGACAACCGUGCUCGCCUGGUAUACGGAUGUUAUGCAUGAGAUCAAGCCCAUCACGAGUGGAUACCGUCUAGCGCUCUCCUACAAUCUGUUGCACACGUCUAAUGCCCUGCGACCAUCCCUACCCAACAAUCACGCUGCCGUGAAUGCCCUGAGGCAUGUUCUGCUCUCUUGGAAGCAGGCGAACCAUGACCGCGUCCCGCGAAAGAUAAUCUACUUGCUGGACCACAAAUAUUCGCAAGCAAACUUGAAGGGCAGCGCACUAAAGGGCGUUGAUGCACACAAGUUAGCUAUCCUGGAUGCCCUCGCGAAGCAGCUUGGCUUCCGACUUGGUAUGGCCAAUCUUGAGUGCCGGCUGAGCGGGUCUGCAAACGAUGACGGUUGUCAUUAUGGCCGCAGGCGGAAGAGAGGGUGGUAUAAUCCGUACGAGGACUACGACGAAUCCGAUGACCCGGAUGACGUGGAUUUUGAGGAAGUGGAGGAGCGGGAGGCUUCAAUCACGAAUCUCGUUACGUUGGAUGGUGAACCGCUCCAGGAUGCCUUGGAAUACGAUGAACACCAGGACCACACGAUACCGAAAAAUCUCAUCAAUGAGGUUGAAGCUGGUCCACACGACGACCAGGAGUACGAAGGUUACAUGGGUAAUGGGGCCGGUUCGCUAGAACGAUGGUAUCGACGGACAGUCCUCAUAAUCUGGCCGCAAGGAUUCAACUUGGACAUGACAUUCGACGACGAUAUCUCUGAAUCUAUUGAAGAUCUGGCCGAAGUUGACUCUAGCAAACCUCACAAGCGAGAGCGCAAGCAUGUAGACUUCCUGCUGAAUGUCGCCAGACACCGGCCAAAGCACAGAGCAGAGAUAGCCAAAACAUUGUCCGAUGUUGCCUGCGUGUGGAAGGACGUAGAGCUCUACGAGCGCGUCAUUGAAGCAUGCGAUGCCUCUAUGAUUCGCACGUCUCGUAUCUAUUCUACAGAACUCAUUUAUCGCAGCUUGCAGAGCAUGUUGCGGGCUGAACGAAGCAACUUCCAACGCUUUCAGUUCAUAGAUGAACUGCAGAAUUGGUUCUCGGCAGAACCUGCCCUCGCCGGGGAAGGUGUUAACGCAUGGAUCGUGGAACAGCGUCGAUUUGCCAUGGAACAUCUUAAGAAGCCAGGUCCAGGUGAUAGUCAAGUCUUCGUCGACAUCGCCCUGCGGAAUGGCGGUUUUCGCGUCCUGCGUGACACCUUUGCCCCUCAGCUCAAGACCAUCGCAGACGCAUCCUUCCUGGUGGCCCUGGUGAAAGUUCUCCAAACGGAGAAAAUCAAGCCAGGGAUCACUCAGAAGGAUCAAUCUAUCUUGGCCACUAUGGUGGCUGACCUCCUGACCAGCGCCAUAGCGAAAGUUGAUUUCUUCGCGCCGCCAGCGAGGAGCAGCCUCAUGACACCCCAAACGGCCUUACGUUUAGUCGAACUCUCUCUCGCAACGCGUAACGAUGAACUAGUCGAGAAAGUAACACAGCGUCUGACGGAUAUGACAAACGUCGCCCCUCCUGUCGCCCAACGCCGGAUUUUAGAGGUUCUUUUGCCCCUGCUGCCCCUCGUCGAUAACAAGAUCAAGACACGUGCAGCUGGCAUGCCCGCUGUCCCCGGUAUACAGUGCUUCUACGAGGCAACCAUCGACCUGUGCCUGCACUUCGUCUUCUCAGGUGCAGGGCCGGCCAAAAAUGAUCUAGGUUCGCUGAUGGAUGCUUGCGUCAUAUGCGGGGGCGUCGAUGUUUUGAGUAAGAAACUAUGGCCAACCCUGAAAACCUCCAAGCCUCAGCCGGGCGCAUACGCUGACUUCAUAGACCAAGUUCGAAAGCGCAAAGACCGACUACCUCCUUCAAGCAGCGGCGUCUCCGUCGACUCCAUAAUUACGGAAGCAGUUCGACAGGCUAUUCAACAAGCGAGCUUCACGAAGUAUACCCCUACCGCCUACCCGUACUAUUCCUACACUACAACGUCAGCUAACAGCACUCACCAAAACCGUACGCGAACACUGGAACUUCUCCGGUUAUGCCUCACGACUGGAAAUAAAGCGUCAUGUAGUCUCGUUUUCAAGCGACUGCUGGACUCGUCCUUCAACACACGAGAAUAUGUGGAGAACGUCCUCAUCCCGUUUCUUCCUGAGCUUCGUCAAUUCUUGACCACCAACCGUAUCGCCCUGUCGGAUGCGCCGUUCAACAACGUGUUCAAGUCGAUCGUUAUGCUCUGGGCGAACAAGGUCCUCGGUCCAAAACCAACCGAGAUGGCGAAUUCCGUGAUCACUAAGUUGCAAAGUCACGGCUGCAAGUGCGCACAUUGCGUCCAGGUCUUCAACUUCCUCACGUCCAGCGCCGACAAAUCGUGCCGCAUGGAGAGAAUAGGUGCACCUAAGAGGAAGCAUGUCGAGCAGGAGCUCAAUAAAUAUGCGCGGACCGCCGCAACGUGGUCUAUGAUACCGGGCAGCCCACAGGGCUUGACGGUUACGAAAGCCGAUUCCAUAUAUCUACCGGUUCAGUGGAAAGCAACUCAAGCCAGAAGUGCGGCUAUCUUGAACUCCGUUUCCGCGAAUGCAACAGACUUGCAGAAGAUAUUUGGUCCAGACCACCAGGUGAUCAUGGAUCUGUUGGCUGGGCGUGUUCGAACUCUUGCGACAGCACCGUCCAGGCUCCAGAGUGCAACUGCGACCUCCUCGGCCUCUGUGGCUGGUUCCGCUCGCAUGCCAUCAGGCGCCUCAGCCGCUGCUCCCGGAGCAACGAACGCGACGCCAGGAAUUGCGCAAGUUUGGCUUUGA